AUGGAUGACCUAAAGCCUCUACCGGACGUGGAAGGCCCCAAACUGGAACCGUUUGGACACGGCAUGCUCGCCGAUCAUGUCGAGUUUCUCGAACUGGUUCAGCUGCCAAGUGGCCAUGGCGUCGUCAUCAAGAUAAAGAUUGAUGACAAGUGCUAUGCUCUCAAGAUUUUCUUCUACAAAGGUCCCGAGUUUGGCUGGGAUGAUGCGUAUGACACUGGGCCAACUUCUACCAUGAGCCGGGAGGAUUUCGAUAAACACUUUGCCCCGUUCGAGAGCGAAUGCCGGGCUUAUGGCAGGCUCAAGGAGCUGAACCGUGAACACCUCGCCGUCAAGGCUCAUGGCUACGUAGUCAUACCAGUCACUGAGGCCUUGACGCAAAAGCUGCGGCUCCUUGAGUCCAAGUACGAACACGGAAAAAAGAUUUCGAAUAUAGUGGAACAAGCCACUCACAUCAUGGGAAUAGUAAAGGACUGGGUGGAUAGGGUCAUAGUUGACCCCAGCUUGGAGGGGGAUUUUGAUCAAGCCGGUGGCGAUGAGAUUUGCCAGGUACGCCAUUUCCCACGCAUGCUCAGAGACCUCCACGAGUUUCACGCGAGCGGAAUAGUAAUCAGGGAUCUGGGACUCUGGCAGUAUAUCAAUGGUGUGCUUGUUGACCUGAGCCUGGCUUGGACUAUACCUCACCCCUACGGCCCAGGCCGAGGCUGGAAACCCAGAUGGGAAUUCCAGAGCUGGGCGGCCGGGGAUCUGUACUCAUUCCAGGUCAAUGUGAUUGAGGAAUGGCGCAGCAGGAUGGAGUUUGAGACUGAAGAGUAUCUACUCCACUACAAGGGAAUCCCCAGGACCUGCUCGCUCCGGGCAUAUGAGAGCCUGGAGCGGCCAAGGGAUUUACGGCCUCGACCCGAUCGGCAGCGGCCGUUUAUGCCUCUACCGAACAUAGAAGGCUACGUUCUCGACAUGGUCCAGCUUCCUCGACAUGACCCGGGAGACUUUGAUCCAACUCGGGUCAAAUGUCGAGCCAGCAGGAAGCGCAAGAGAACCGAUGAACCCGAAAAGAGGCAUAGGGGGAUCAAGAAGACCAAGACGGCCAGGGCCCAAAAGAAGUCCGGUGGUGCUGCGAAUGUCCAAGGGAACAUAGAGUAA